AUGUCAUCCAUCGAUCCAGAAACUCGUAGAAAGUUGUUAAACUUGCAAAAAACAGGUGAAAAUAAGAAAUGUUUUGAUUGUGCCGCCCCAAAUCCACAAUGGGCUUCACCAAAAUUUGGUAUUUUCAUUUGUUUAGAAUGUGCCGGUGUUCAUAGAGGUUUAGGUGUUCAUAUUUCUUUUGUUAGAUCAAUUACAAUGGAUCAAUUUAAACCUGAAGAAACUUUAAGAAUGGAAAUUGGUGGUAACGAAAGAUUAAAGAAUUAUUUUGUUAGUAAUGGAAUUGAUUUAAAUUUACCACCAAAGAAAAAAUACGAUAAUUAUGUUGCUGAAGAUUAUAAAGAAUUAUUGACAUCAGAAGUUGAAGGUAAAGAAUUUGUACCUAAGGAUCAUAGUGGUGAAAAAUUACCAAGUAUCAAUGAUGUUGAUGAUGAUAAUAGUAACAAAACUGGUACUGUUUUAAAAGGUCGUCCUGCACCAUUGACUAGUGAACAAAAACAAAAAAAUGAAGCAUAUUUUGCUGAUUUGGGUGCUAAGAAUGAUCAAAGACCAGAUCAUUUACCACCAUCUCAAGGUGGGAAAUAUGGUGGUUUUGGAAAUACACCAGCACCAGUGGUAAGUAACAGUACAAACAGUUCAUUUUCAUCAUUUACAUUAGAUAAUUUUCAAAAAGAUCCUCUUGGUACAUUUACUAAAGGUUGGGGUUUGUUUUCAUCUUCUGUUGCCAAAUCAGUUCAAGAAGUCAAUGAAUCUGUGAUAAAACCAGGUAUAAAUCAAAUACAAUCUAGUGAAAUUACCGGUGAAGCUAAAAAGGCCAUGGCUCAAUUUGGUCAAAAAAUGCAAGAAACUGGUAAAUAUGGUCAAGAAACUUUCCAAAGUUUUACUAAAGAUAUAAAUGAAAAUGGGUUAGGUGGAAUUUUCGGUGAAAAGAAGAAUGAUAAUGUUCCAAGUGCUUUUGGAUUCAAGAAACCUGAAAAUGGUGUCAAAUAUCAAAGUUUAUCUGGUGGAGCCAAGAAGAACGAUGAUGAUGAUAAAUGGGAUGAUUUCUAA